AUGCCUACUCUCGACGGGCAAGAUGACCUUUUGGAUGAGCUUAUCCUAGCCAAACAGUGGAAGCAAGCCUUGAGUCUGUGUGAGAAGAAGCUGAAGAAGGCAAAUAGUAGCGAUUAUCUGCUGGUCAAGAAGAUCAAGGUACUUCUUUUGUGGCCAGAAAAGACACGUCAUCAGCAAGGAUUAAAGGAGCUCGGCGUCCUACUGGAAAGAAAUCCUCCAGUGGUCGACAUCGAAACUCUUCGUACUCUAGAUACUCUCGCUGAGGCGAAAGGACAGAAUGAGCCAAGGCUACGGCAAGUAUGGCAAAGAGCCGCAGGAGUGCGCCCUCAGGAUGAAAAGCUGCACGUGGUCUGGUUUCGGUCGAAAUUCCAGGUCGGCAAUCUGAGAGCUGCACAACAGGCCUCUCAGUCUUGGAUGAAGAAUUUUCCGAAGAACCGAGAACCCUUCUUCCUCUACAUUCUCACAAUGCAUAAGCUUGCCGAAGACUCGGCCACACCGGAGUCGGAACGAACGCUGUUGCGAUCUUUGGCCUAUAAAUUCCUGUCGAAAGCUGCCUCAGAAGUUUCAGACGGGGUAGAAGGGAUCAAACCCACCAGAGCUAUCAAUAAACUGGAAGAUCUUCUACUCCUAAUCAGAGUGUAUCGAGCGCAGGGGAAAUACUCAGAAGCGGCCGCCAUCGUCAGAGGUUCUCGUAUGGGUAUGGAGUCUCCGCUCGGAAGGAAUUCAUGGGAGCUUGUCAGGCAUUUAAUCGAGUUGCUGGAAAUGAGCCAUCAAUGGGUAGAUUCAUGGCAGCUCUGUCAGCAGCUCCUAGUUGAUGCUCGUGACGAAUCUACUGAGAGGCGAUCUCAUUUGACACAUUAUCCUUUUGGUAAACUGGGAGAUGACUGGAAAGUGUGGCAGGCACUUAUCACGGCAAGCAGCAACAUCGGUACUGAAGAGUGA